AUGGCACCAUCGAUUGUGACUAGUCAACACGCUAGAAAGAGCAGUACACGCUGUAGCUGUGACAGCGAUAGAGAGCUGGACGACAAAGGGACUGGUGUGCAGGUUCCGUCGGAAGAACUGGCUCAACUAUCCAUUGACACGAUGGAGAUGUCCAAAUUCCAAGCUGGCACCACCGCUGUCUCGAAAGCGGAUGUAGUGGCGAACAUCGAAAGCAGAAGUGAGGAUCAAGAAGACUCCAAAGACGCGAAAGCUCUUGCUUCUGCGAACAUCUUGGCGUGUCUUGGUAGCCGAAACGAUAUCGAGAAGUGUGCGACUCGACCUCGACAACGUCAUUGCAGCGGUAAAGAUAGCAGCACGACUAGGUUGUCCUUUGAUCCCCUGCUUGUUACCGGAGUAGAUUCGUCAACACGUGCACCGACAGAAGCUUUGUCGCCAGCCGGACCCGCAGUGCUACCAAAGGUGAUAACCCGCAAGGGUGACAAGAGCUCACUUGAUUUUCACCAGCGCUAUACCGUCACGAAACAUUUGGGCCAAGGCUCGUACUCGACCGUAGAGCAGGUGACGCGCCGCGCGAAAGGCGGGGUCUAUGCUUGCAAGAUCGUGGACAAGUCGAGUCUCUCGGCUGCAGACCGCACAGCACUCUCACAUGAAGUGCGUGUCCUGUCCAGUGUCAACCACGUGAACAUCAUGCGCUUGUACGAAGUUAUCCAAGACGAUGUCAAGUGCUACAUGGUGACGGAACUAGCUGAUGGCGGCGAUUUAUUCGACCGCAUCGUCAAGCAGGGCAAGUUCCCGGAACGCGAGGCUCAAAAGGUGACGGCGGCGUUAGUGGAGGCGCUGCUGUACUGCCACACGCACAAUAUUAUCCACCGCGACGUGAAACCGGAAAACGUGCUGUUCCUGAAUGACGACGUGAAACUCGGUGACUUUGGCUUUGCUAGGCAGCUUGCUCACUCAGAAGAGCAGGUCUCCGAUUCAUGCGGUACGCCGGGUUACGCAGCACCGGAGAUCUUGGACGGCCAGCCGUAUGGCCUUGAAGCUGACGUGUUCUCACUCGGUGUCGUGAUGUACGUUAUGCUGUGCGGCUACCCGCCAUUUCCCAUGAAGCUUGUCCAUUUACGUAAGCACCGGUUCAAUGUGAAGUACCCGGUUAAGGACUGGGCUUCGAUUCAUCCUGAUGUCAAGACGCUCGUUUCCAAGAUGCUGGACGCAGACCCGAGAGCGAGACCCUCGAUGGCGCUUCUUCAAACACAUCCAUGGAUCCAAGCAGGAAAAGAGGCGUCGAAGCGCACACGACAAGAAGAUCGAGAGCGUUGUCAUCUUGCCGAUCUUACUCAGCGACAGCGAACAGCUUCGGCAAUCCGCAAGCAACUCGUCAGGAAUGGUUUCAAGGUGGUAAAAUAUGGUCGCAACGGUCUUCCCCAUCGCACUAAACUUCGCUUGUCGGGAGAUGGCCAGGUGCUCAGCUGGCAGCCAAAGCUGCUCAAACGAGGUCUACUCCGCUAUCACAAUGCACGCAGCUUCACCAACUUGUUUCCCAGUCGCGACAAGCGUACCAGUCAGCCUGACCAGCAACCAAGCGAGUCUCAAGUGAACCGAGUUGUUCCUACUGGCGGUGUUGCUGGCCGGUCUACUGUCAAGCACAAAUCGGAGCAACGUGCUCUCGCUGCUUCCACUGACAGCUCAAUAGGCAGCACUUCCGACGCUAUUCGUGAAAAGCGUUUGUGGUGGCGUUUGCUAUGCCGGGAGCGUAAUGUGAAGACUGAACGUACGGCGAGCGGUGUGCCUACGCCUAACUUCUCUUUUCGUGAGACGAGCAGUACCCCGUCAUCGCCAAUAAGGCGUUCAGAGGCAAAGGUGCCACAGAUGCAAUCGCCAAGUUCGAUAUUGAAGAGCAUUGCAACACCUACAACUGGAUCUUCGGAUCGUUGCUUGGAUAACUCGAUUAACCUGCACGAUGUUCGCGAGAUCCUUUCUGGAGACGGUGCACCAUUUUCCGCUGGGCGCGGUUUGACAUUGCCAAAUUCAUUCAAACGCACCGUCAAUCCGGCUUGCGUGUUAUCGGUGUACACUCGAUUCCGUGAGCUUCAUCUCGAGUUCUUGGACGAGCGUGUGCGCGACGGUUUCGAGUACCUACUCCAGCAAGCCACGUUGCCACUCCAGCACUGCGUCGCAAGUCAACCGGCGCAAACAAGUUCAACGCCGUCACUGCCACCAGCACCUCACAAGCCGCAUGACGAGUGA